CGUCCAUUCUUUCUAAUUGAUUAGCAAACCCUCACCAAACCCCCGAGCCAUUGACCGUCUGACCACUAUGAGCUUGUUCGUCGCCAGCCGGUCUGCCUUCCGGGCCGCCGCGCCCUUGAAGCGGCAAUUCCCGAUCCGCCGCUAUGCCACCGAGCCGCCGUCGGCUGAUCCCAAGAAAGGCAGCAACAACACGCUGCUUUACGGCGGCGCGGCGGCGGCGGUGCUGGCCGCCGGCUACUACUUCCUCAGCGGCACGACCCCCGCCGCCAAGAAGGCCGAGGAGAAGGUGAAGGAGGCAUCGGGCGCGGCGGCCGACAAGCUGUCCGCCGGCGAGGUCAAGAAGGCGCUCACGGGCGGCGACCAGGGCUGGGUCAGCCUCAAGCUCGAGGAGGUCGAGACCGUCAACCACAACUCGAAGCGCUUCCGCUUCCGCCUGCCCGAGGACGACAUGGUGUCGGGCCUGCAGGUCGCCAGCGCCAUCCUGACCAAGUUCCAGCCGGCCGACGCCGAGAAGCCCGUCAUCCGCCCUUACACGCCCAUCAGCGACGAGGACGCCCGGGGCUACCUGGACCUGCUCGUCAAGAAGUACCCCAACGGGCCGAUGAGCACGCACCUGCACGACAUGGUGCCCGGCCAGCACCUCGACGUCAAGGGCCCCGUGCCCAAAUACCCGUGGUCGCCCAACAAGCACGCGCACAUCGCGCUGAUCGCCGGCGGCACGGGCAUCACGCCCAUGUACCAGCUGUGCCGGGCCAUCUUCGACAACCCGGACGACCAGACCAAGGUGACGCUCGUGUUCGGCAACGUCAGCGAGGAGGACAUCCUGCUCAGGAACGAGCUGGCCGCGCUCGAGAACCGCCACCCGCGCCGCUUCCGCGCCUUCUACGUGCUCGACAAGCCGCCCAAGCACUGGACGGGGGCCAAGGGCUACAUCGGCCGCGACCUGCUCAAGACGGUCCUGCCCGAGCCCAAGGAGGAGAAUAUCAAGGUCUUCGUCUGCGGGCCCCCCGGCAUGAUGGACCUCAUCUCGGGCAACAAGAAGAGCCCCAAGGACCAGGGCGAGCUGACCGGCAUCCUGAAGGAGCUUGGCUACACGCCCGAGCAGGUUUACAAGUUCUGAGUGUCGUCUAAUCUAGACCUGACGACGGAGGGGAGGGAGCGGGGAGGCAGCGGGAAGUUGAGGAGUCGAGUCGAGUCGAGUCCAGUUGAGCACUGGCCUGGUUUUUCCGCUUUGCUCAGGGUUCUGACUUUGCUGCGUGAGCCAGCAGAAGCUUAUGUAGAUUAAGAGGCGAUGACUUGUGUAUCCGUUAUAGAAAUGCGACUGCGAGCCUUGCUUGACAG